AACAGACCGACAUUAAUUUCAAAAGAAAACUCUCCAAACGUGAGAAAAAAGAACAGAAAAAGAAGGACAAACUGGCCAAGCUAAAUACAGAUGGCACCAAUACCACCAUUAACAGUCAUACCAACGGUCUCAAUGGUUCGAAUGGCACCGAGUCAGAAACCCAAGUAGCGGGUAAAUUAUAUACCGAACUACCAGAGACCUCCUUUACACGUUCCAUUUCCAACCCGGAGGCAGUAAUGAGACGCCGCCGUCAACAGAAGUUGGAAAAGAAAUUACAACAGUUUCGUUCACGAGAUGGUGGACCCCGAUACGGGUGGUACACUAAAGAUUUACGGUGAAAGUUUAUGUCAAGAUGUGCCUUAUAAAACGUUACUGCUGUCGAUACGUGAUUGUGCUCAGGCGGUGGUUAGGGAAAUGUUAACGAAAUACGGUUUGGAAAAAGCCGAUCCAAUGCAUUAUUGUUUAGUACAGGUUAAUAGCGAUGGCUCUGAAUAUAUCUUAGAUGAUGAUGAAUGUCCUUUGUCGAUUUUAAUGAAUCAUCCAACAUCAAGGGGUAAGUUGAGAUUUUAUUUGUUUUUUUUUUUUUAGUUUAGAACAAGUUCGAAUUUAAAAAUUUUGAUCAGAAGUAUUCUUGAGAGGGGAAUUUCGAAAUUUCGAACUUACAUACAUGAUCAAACAAUUU